AUGAUUUAUUUGCUAUAUGUAAUCAUGAGGGUAGUUUAUCUUCUGGACAUUAUACUACAUAUGCAAAAAAUAGAUAAGAUUAAAAAUGGUAUUUUUUUAAUGAUUCAGAAGUUACUUAAGUUGAUUAAAUUGAAAAAACAGUAACAUUUAUUUUUUAUUUUAUAAUUAUAUUCAAUAGAUUGUUACUGA